AUGACCUCUUCUACGCCUAAAACUAUGGCAGUCUCGAUCGUUGCAGGUACCAACGGCUUGAUUCAACUCGGUCUAUUGAUCUCAGACCUAGCCUUGCUUAUCGAUCAAGGCAAGAAGUUCGGCAACUUUGUUCGCGCAGCACAGAAUGAAAGCGACCUCUUUGACCUACUGAGUGAAGAACGGGAAGCUUUACUCAAAAGGGAUGACCUUGUGGACGCACGUGAGAUGGAAAAGAGAUGGCCGGGGGUGAAUUUUGUCUAUCAUGGUGUGAAGGUCAAAGGAAACAUAACACAGAGUUUACAGACUGGAUCAUCGGUACAUGACUCGAAACAUCCGAGAAAGAAGACGACCACCCGAGACGAUGUGAACGGUUUCACGUGGGUUAUGGUAGCGAUCACUUCAGCAUUAGAUGAUUGUUUGCCAUCAACUGAAAUUCAAGAACUUCUUAUCCAAGUCUUUGUUGAAGUUCUAGACCGCAAGAAUGAUAUUGCGCUUGCGCUGAGAACACAUAUCAAGAGGAGUGUCGAGUCCUGGAGGUCGUUUGGGUGUGCUAGAGAGAUAGCACACUCGAUCAAGAAGGAGAUGCGCAAGAGCCUGUCAAAAGGCGCACCUGAUCAGCUAUCGGUACACGCUGUCCCUCAGCUGAACGAAACGGAGACACAAGAUGUGAAAAACAUGCUUGUUUGGCUCCUCAGAGGAGAUACGGCGGCAUUCGAUGCUAUGUCUCCGAUCGCCUUUUCUAUGGCAGAGGCUUGGAAGCAGGUCGGGCUUGAUCUAUGUACUGAUGGACUGCCUAUCCGCGAAAGUCAAGCAUGUGUUUUAUAUCGCCACGAAGACCAGCUUGCAGGAGGAUUGAAUUCAAGCGCGAGCCUGACACUUCAGAUCUCCUGGCCUCGUGACAAGCCUGAGUCCAUGAUCGAUGUACUUGGAGCUGGUCGUACUCUGAAAGAUGCCAUGCUGCAGGCUUGGCAAUACGGAAAAGAUGCUGCUGAUCACCUGGAAUAA